GGCUCGGCUCAAAUGUCAAACGCUACUAUUUCGUCAACAGAGUCGUGGCGCGGUAGUUGGAUUUUAUAAAAUAACAACAAAUACUGCAAUAGUUUUCAUAAAGGAAAAUGGAUAUAAAGUGGUAAAACUCAGUGCAUUGCUCCACGUCGCGAACUUAUUGUUACAAAUCGUGCUAUUCCGGCGAAUGUUUAGUCGCGUAGUUUUAGCGAACAGUUUCAUAUUGAUUUUUAUUCUUCGCCGGUUUUGUAACGUUGUUUUAGAGAUAAAUAUAUUUUGAUAAACUAUUUUAGAAUAAAUAAGUAAACUCAGUUUUGUGUAGAAAUAAGUUAGUUAUUAUAAAGUGUUAUACGCAAAAAUAACUUUCGGUCCUGCAUUGUGUUGUACCUAACGUGGGAAACGACUUUUCAGGCACAUCAACAUGGAGAAAGUAGAAUCUGCUUUGGACGUGUUAUCGCGCGCUGCAACCAUGGUGCAACCUUGCCCUGCGUAUCCCGCCAGUGAUUCCGAAAGCUUCGAGACCCCGAGCACAGCGUCGAGUGGCGAGUCGGAAGGAGACCGGACGCUGUCCCCCGAGACGCCUCGCGCUCAGCACAAAGAACUUACUGGGAAAUGGAGGCGGGAACGGCGAUCCACGCGUUUGCCCGAAUACAGGCCAAGGGAGAAUGGCAAAAUGGCGUUGCGGUCACAGUCGUUCAACGAGCGACGCGCCGCGCCGUCCAUUGCGCGCGCGCAGCCGCACAGCGACGGAGAGCUCUCCGAUGAGGUAGACGACGCGCCCGCUAACUUAGCGCUCAAUGGAAAAGCACCCCCGGAGUACCCCGGCGCAAAGCACGAGGCUCCCAUAGACAUGAGGCUGCGCGCCCGCCCCGCGCCUCCGCCCUACAACCGACCUUCCGUCAUCAAGAGCAACGAUGCUCCACCUGGUUCAAUGUCAAUGUGCGAUCCUGUGAUAGAUGAGCACUUCAGGCGCUCCCUCGGCGACGAUUACAUGAGCCUGUUUAAGAAAAACACCGUCCCAACCGCAGAAAACAGUCAGCCCAACCCUAAACCGAACAUGAAAGACAGAGCCAGCAGUCCCAUACAAUUCAAGCCUGAAGAACAACCCAAACCAGCUAAAAUCAUCGCAAUGGAAGUUGACGACGCAAGCCUUUCCGUAGAUGAUCAUUUCGCCAAAGCGCUCGGAGACACAUGGAAGCAAAUACAAACCUCGAGAUUAAAAGACAACGAAAAUCAAACAACGAAAGGUGGUGUCGAUGACCACUUCAGCAAAGCACUAGGCGAUACGUGGAAGAAAAUCCAGUCCUCCAAACUCAACAUCGAAGACAACAAGUCAAAGGACCAGACCACCAAAAUUAUCACAAUGAGUGGUGUCGUUAUAUAAUGACGGCAAUCCACUCUGGGCGGUUCAGUUUAUGGCCCCGUAUUUUACGAGGCAUCGCACUUCUAACUGGAGUACCAAUAAAUAACCACUUGUUUAACCUAAAUAUCACCGUCGGUUUUUUAUUGUGGUAUGAAUUUAUCGCCGUUUUUCGAUUGUUAUCCAUGACAUUGGGGUAGUUGACUUGUCACCUAAUAAUACUUAUCCAUCCAGUUUUUGUAUAAUUAAUUAUUAUGAAUUUACAAAAAAAAUGCUUUAGUUUUAUAGCCACCCGCCUCUACUUUAUAGGUACCAGUAACUAAAUAUAAGUAACGUCAUAAUCUUAUUUCUCCUGUCUAAGGUGCGGUUUUUACAGACAUAGACACAUGAUUGACUAGAAUUUUGAUUUAGGGGGUCUGUUCUAUGUCCCAUGGGCAUGUGAGUUGUGACAUAAAUUAAUGCCUAAUGUUAUUUUUUUCGGUUAAAUGUUAUUGCUUUUUCUUCCUGCACAUUUUGUCAACUACCCGCAAAUCUGUUACCUUAAACUUUUGGAUAUACGAGAUCGUUUCUCUUCAAUGUAGUCAAUUAUUAGUCACCAUUACACGCUAAGUUAUUACCUCAAUUUAAUGCGCUUUUGCACAAUUCACUAUAUAGGAUAAAUUAAUGUACUGUCUGUCAGUGUUUUGAAGAAAGGGUAUUUGCAUUAUUUGGGUAUUAGGGGGAAAGAUACAUCUUCUUUUUAGUAGCUUUGCCAAAAAAAAAUGGUUGUGUAUCAUAUUAUCCUGAGCCAUUGUGUACUGGAAUCAUAAAAAAGUUUUCUCCUUA